ACAUCAAACAAAACCAUUACUGAAAAACAGUACAAGAAGAUAGAUAGAUAGAGAAAUCGUUUGUAUAUGCAAUGGAGUCUUCUUGGUUUCGGAUCUUCAUCCUCGUGGGCGUGGCUCUUCUGUUUCCGGCAAUAGUAGAAUGUCGGGUGCGACAUUACAAGUUCAAUGUGGUGAUGAAGAACAUGACCCGAUUGUGUUCAACUAAGCCUACCGUCACCGUCAAUGGCAAGUUUCCGGGGCCGACCAUUUACGCCAGGGAAGAAGAUACCGUGCUCAUAAAAGUCGUCAACCAUGUCAAAUAUAACGUCUCCAUUCAUUGGCAUGGCAUUAGACAACUUCGAACUGGCUGGGCAGACGGACCAGCUUAUAUUACUCAGUGUCCAAUUCAGCCCGAACAAAGCUAUGUAUAUAACUUCACCAUAACUGGUCAAAGGGGCACUCUUUUUUGGCAUGCACAUGUUCUUUGGCUAAGGUCCACUGUCCAUGGUGCUUUGGUCAUUUUGCCUAAGCUUGGUGUUCCUUAUCCCUUCCCAAAACCCGACCACGAAGCUGUUGUCCUAUUAGCUGAAUGGUGGAAAUCUGAUACUGAAGCUGUGAUCAAUGAAGCACUAAAAUCAGGUUUGGCACCAAAUGUCUCUGAUGCUCAUACUAUCAAUGGUCAUCCUGGACCGGUCACCAAUUGUCCCCAACAAGGUGGAUAUAGAUUGGGUGUUGCUCCGGGAAAAACCUACAUGUUAAGGCUGAUCAACGCUGCACUCAAUGAAGAACUGUUUUUCAAGAUCGCCGGCCACAAGAUGACCGUCGUGGAAGUGGACGCCACGUACGUGAAGCCAUUCAAAACUGACACAAUUGUCAUCGCCCCCGGCCAGACCACAAACGUAAUCAUCACCGCAGAUCAAGCCGCCGGACAGUACAUGGUGGCUGCCUCCCCCUUCAUGGAUGCUCCCAUUGCCGUCGACAACCAAACCGGCACCGCCACGCUCCACUACACCGGCGUACAAACCACUCUCGCCACCACCCUCACUCGCAUCCCAUCCCAGAACGCCACCCCUGUGGCUAACAAUUUUGUUGAUUCUCUUAGAAGCCUAAAUUCCAAAACAUUUCCCGCUAAGGUCCCACAAACGGUUGAUCAUUCGCUGUUAUUCACGGUGGGGCUUGGAAUUAACCCCUGCCCCUCUUGCAAACCGGCUAACGGCAGCCGGGUGGUGGCAAGUGUGAAUAAUGUCACGUUUGUUAUGCCCACCACUGCCCUUUUGCAGGCUCAUUUCUUUGGUAUAAAAGGAGUUUUCACCACAGAUUUUCCGGGGAACCCGCCGUUUGCUUUCAACUACACCGGCAGUACUCCUCCGGCCAACCUGCAGACCAGUACGGGGACAAAGCUUUACCGGUUGCCAUACAAUGCGACGGUCCAGUUAGUUUUACAGGAUACUGGAAUUGUUGCCCCAGAGAACCAUCCUAUACACUUGCACGGGUUCAAUUUCUUCGCGGUUGGACGAGGAAUUGGGAACUUUAAUCCUAAGACGGAUCCUAAGAAGUUCAAUCUUGUGGAUCCUGUGGAGAGGAACACCAUCGGAGUGCCGGCGGGUGGAUGGGUCGCUAUCCGAUUCCGUGCAGACAAUCCUGGAGUUUGGUUUAUGCAUUGCCAUCUAGAGAUACACACAACAUGGGGACUAAAAAUGGCAUUCCUUGUGGACAAUGGAAAAGGUCCAAAUGAAUCUCUUCUGCCACCUCCCAAGGAUCUUCCAAAGUGCUAAGAUCUAUCACAACAACAUUCUGAAUUGAAGAAAACCUCUUCAUUAGACAACCUUGAUACUCGAUCAAUCACCUUACAUUCGAAGCUGAUGUCUAUAGGAACUGAGAAGUGAGAACCUUUAAUUUGUGUUGUGCAAGAAAACGAAGGGAGAAAGCAAUCAAUAAAGAGUGUAUGUAAUACAGUAUAGAGCACAGCAACUUAUUUUAUUUGUUUGUUGAGUGAAAGAAUAAAACUAAAUUUUUUUCUCCAGGAAAAAAAAAAAAAAAAAAACGAACUGUUCAUGCGUUUGUAUUUAAUGUAAUUCUUUAACAAUUCAUUUUCACUAAGUUUCAAGUUAUGUAUCAAAAGAAGAAACAAAGUUUCAUGGUUGAAGAGAUCGAUUGUAUGUAUUUUUUUAGUUAUUUU